UCAUCUUCAUCUAUCUAAAUAUCAUAGUCUUUGUAUUAGGCAAUGGAUGAACCUAACCUAUCUUUUUAUAUUACCAUUUUCAGUUUUCACGUGUACAUACGAAGGAAGUAAAUAAUAGUUGGGCGCUGCUGUAAAAAUAUGGGUAAUAAACAAAAACAUCUAAAGAGGAAAAUUAGUGAUUCAAAUGAACAACAGGAAGAAGUAGAUACAGAAUCGAACGAAGAGGACGAUUUCUUGAACACAGUGAACGGAGAGGACGGUGAUAGUUCAGACUCUGACCGAGAAAUUGAAGAUUCCGGAGAUGAGGAUAACCAACUUGCUGAAGAAGAAUCUGAAGCGGGUUCUGACGAUUUAUCGGACGAAGAUAUCGAAGAAGAAUCCGAAAAUGAAGACAGUGAAGACGAGGAAGUUGAAGACAGUGGAGAAGAGGAAGAAGCUGGGAGUAGCAGUGAAAAUGAAGAAACAGAAGGACAAGCCGAGGAAGAUGACCAGUUGGAUACUGACAAACCGGAAAAUAAGCAAGCUAAUGGAAAUCCUAUUGUAAAUAGGAAAAAAGGGAAGAAACAUAUAGAAGUUAAAGAGACUAGAACUGAAAACAAGCGAGAUGAAUAUGCUGAUCACGACACCUCCGAUGAAGAAGAUAUAAGGAACACUGUUGGAAAUAUUCCAAUGAAUUGGUAUGAUGAAUACAAGCAUCAAGGUUACGAUUGGGAUGGAAAUCAGAUAUUAAAACCAGAAACGGGUGAUCAAUUGGACAACUUCCUUAAGAAAAUGGAGGAUCCUGAUUUCUGGAGGACUGUAAAGGACCCACAAACAGGACAAGACGUAGUAUUAAGUGAUGAAGAUAUUCAGUUAAUUAGAAGAAUCAAAGCCCAGAAAAUACCAGACGUUUCAUUUGACGAAUACGCUCCUUGGAUUGAAUGGUUUACGAGUGAAGUAGAAAAAAUGCCCCUCCGAAAAUUCCCCGAACACAAACGUUCCUUCCUGCCGAGCAAACAUGAAGCUAGGAAAGUGUCCAAACUCGUACAUGCCUUGAAAAUGGGCUGGAUCAAGACACGAGCGGAGCAGGAGAAGUUGCGUGCCAAGAAGGAGCCCCAAUUCUACAUGCUUUGGCAGACCGACGACCAAGCGGAAGAAAUGAGGCGGAUACACAAGCAUAUCCCUGCCCCAAAGAGGCUCCUACCAGGUCACGCGGAAAGUUACAACCCUCCCCCUGAAUACCUCUUCGAUGCCAAGGAACUCAAGGAGUGGAACAAGCAGAAGAACUCCCCAUGGAAGAGGAAGCUGCAUUUCGUACCGCAGAAGUUCGAUUCUUUACGCAAAGUUCCUGCCUACCCCAGAUUCAUCAAAGAACGUUUCUUGAGGUGCCUCGACUUGUACUUGUGCCCGAGAGCCAUAAAAAUGAAACUGAAUAUAGACCCGGAAUCGCUGGUACCCAAGCUGCCUAGUCCGAAGGACUUGCAGCCGUUCCCGACUGUGCUAGCCAUCGAGUACACAGGUCAUACGGAUAUGGUCAGGAGUAUAAGUACGGAUAAAUCGGGACAGUACCUGCUCAGUGGGUCCGACGAUGGUACUAUCAAAAUAUGGGAAGUCAAUACAGGCAGAUGCCUCAAAACGAUCAAGACGGACAACGUUGUUAGGUCGGUCGAGUGGUGUCCGAACGCAGCUUUGUCGCUCGUCCUGGUUGCAACCGGUCAGGAGGUUUUGCUUAUAAAUCCGAACGUUGGUGACUUCCUCGUCAACAGCAAGACAGAUACCGUUCUGAAAGAAGUCCCCAAAUCAGACAUCGUCAUAAACGAACGGGUCCGCACGACGGUCCAAUGGUCAGAACCAGACGAUGCCCAGUACGAACGAGGGAUUCGAAUAAUGCUAAAACACUUCAAAGAAGUGACUCAGGUUACUUGGCACGGACGCGGUGAUUACUUCGCCUCUGUCAUGCCAGAAGGACAGAAUCGUUCGGUUCUUAUAUCCCAGAUUUCGAAACGUCGCUCUCAAUUACCCUUUACUAAGGCUAAGGGGCUAGUUCAGUGCGUUUUGUUCCACCCAACAAAGCCGUUUUUGUUCGUCGCCACCCAGAGACACGUUAGAAUCUACGAUCUGGUUAAGCAGACCCUAAUGAAAAAACUUCUGACUAAUUCUAAGUGGAUUUCAACGAUGGCGAUACAUCCCGGCGGCGAUAAUUUACUUGUCGGAACGUACGAUCGGAAGAUGCUGUGGUUCGACUUGGACUUAAGCACAAAGCCUUAUCAAACUUUGAGAUUGCAUGGUACCGCCGUUAGAGACGUAGCGUACCACAAGCGGUAUCCCCUGUUUGCGUCGGGGUCUGAUGAUAGAAGUCUCAUAAUUUCUCACGGAAUGGUAUAUAAUGAUUUGCUGCAGAAUCCUCUGAUCGUUCCCCUGAAACGACUUCAGGAUCACAAAGCAUUCAAUGAUUUUGGUAUAUUUGGAGUGCAUUUCCACCCUCUGCAACCAUGGGUGUUUACUUCGGGUGCAGACGGUACUAUUAAAUUAUAUUCUAAUUGAUGUUGUUUAUUUUUUACAAUAAAUUACUUAAAAUGAA